CAACAGCUAUGUCCCAAUCGAGCACGUACACAUUAGAAUCAUCUACAAGUGAAAGUGGAUCAACAGUGCAAACUUCUGUGUACACAUCAAGUACCUCUCUGUCUUCACAAUCUAUUUCAACAGAAAGACAAAGUACAUCAGAAUUCACUUCAUCAACAACAGAAAUACCUACUUCCAGUGUAGAGCAAACAACAAGCCAACAAACACAAACCACUCAGUUUAGUUCAACCACAGAAACAGAACCUAAAACGACAGCUCAAUCAACAUUUACAGUUAGCUCCCCUACGAGCAUCUCCACAUUGGAAUCAUCUACACUUGAAAAUGGUUCAACACUGGAAACUUCAUUGUCCACAAUAGGUACGUCUCCAUUCUUAAUGUCUACCACAACAGAAGGACAACGUACAUCAGAAGUUAUUUCAUCAACAGCAGAAAUACCUACUUCUAGCGUAGAGCAAACAACAAGCCAGCAGACACAAACCACUCAGUUUAGUUCAACCACAGAAACAGUACCUACAACGACAGCUCAAUCAACAUUUACAGUUAGCUCCCCUACGAGCAUCUCCACAUUGGAAUCAUCUACACUUGGAAAUGGUUCAACACUGGAAACUUCAUUGUCCACAAUAGAUACCUCUCCAUCCUUAAUGUCUAUCACAACAGAAGGACAAAGUACAUCAGAAGUGAUUUCAUCAACAGCAGAAAUAUCUACUUCUAGUGUAGAGCAAACAACAAGCCAGCAGACACAAACCACUCAGUUUAGUUCAACCACAGAAACAGUAACUACAACGACAGCUCAAUCAACAUUUACAGUUAGCUCCCCUACGAGCAUCUUUACAUUCGAAUCAUCUACACUUGAAAAUGGUUCAACAAUGGAAACUACAUUUUCCACAACAGGUACCUCUCCAUCCUUAAUGUCUACCACAACAGAAGGACAAAGUACAUCAGAAGUGAUUUCAUCAACAGCAGAAAUACCUACUUCCAGCGUAGAACUAACAACAAGCCAACAAACACAAACCACUCAGUUUAGUUCAACCACAGAAACAGAACCUCCAACGACAGCUCAAUCAACAUUUACAGUUAGCUCCCCUACGAGCAUCUCCACAUUGGAAUCAUCUACACUUGAAAAUGGUUCAACACUGGAAACUACAUUGUCCACAAUAGGUACCUCUCCAUCCUUAAUGUCUACCACAACAGAAGGACAAAGUACAUCAGAAGUUAUUUCAUCAACAGCAGAAAUACCUACUUCUAGCGUAGAGCAAACAACAAGCCAGCAAACACAAACCACUCAGUUUAGUUCAACCCCAGAAACUGAACCUACAACAGCUCCGAGCACGUACACAUUAGAAUCAUCUACAAUUGAAAGUGGAUCAACGGUGCAAACUUCUGUGUACACAUCAAGUACCUCUCUGUCUUCACCAUCUAUUUCAACAGAAAGACAAAGUACAUCAGAAUUCACUUCAUCAACAACAGAAAUACCUACUUCCAGUGUAGAGCAAACAACAAGCCAACAAACACAAACCACUCAGUUUAGUUCAACCACAGAAACAGAACCUACAACGACAGCUCAAUCAACAUUUACAGUCAGCUCCCCUACGAGCAUCUCCACAUUGGAAUCAUCUACACUUGAAAAUGGUUCAACACUGGAAACUACAUUGUCCACAAUAGGUACCUCUCCAUCCUUAAUGUCUACCACAACAGAAGGACAAAGUACAUCAGAAGUUAUUUCAUCAACAGCAGAAAUACCUACUUCUAGCGUAGAGCAAACAACAAGCCAGCAAACACAAACCACUCAGUUUAGUUCAACCCCAGAAACUGAACCUACAACAGCUCAAACAACAGUUAGAACAGCUAUGUCCCAAUCGAGCACGUACACAUUAGAAUCAUCUACAAGUGAAAGUGGAUCAACGGUGCAAACUUCUGUGUACACAUCAAGUACCUCUCUGUCUUCACCAUCUAUUUCAACAGAAAGACAAAGUACAUCAGAAUUCACUUCAUCAACAACAGAAAUACCUACUUCUAGUGUAGAGUACCUCUCCAUCCUUAAUGUCUACCACAACAGAAGGACAAAGUACAUCAGAAGUGAUUUCAUCAACAGCAGAAAUACCUACUUCUAG